UGUAUUUGACUUAUUAUCCUUUUCUUGCUGAUAUUCUUUAUAAUUUGCGAAGUUUAAUGAAACUUUUUCAAGCAGAUUAUAUUACUAUUUCUGAGAUUUAUACACAUUUAAAUGCAACUAUUGAUGUAAUUACUACUCAAUAUAUUGGUCGUAAUAGAAUUCCACCAAACUAUGGAAACUUUUUAAGAGAAUAUAUUGAUAUAAGAAAGUUUUUACAAAUCCCAAUUGAAAAUUUUGUGCCAAAAAGCAUUUGA